AUGACUAAAUUACGUAAAACAAAUUCUUCUUUACACAUUAACAAUGCAAGAAUUGCUGGACUUUAUGAUUUAGAACACACAAUUGGGAAAGGACAUUUUGCUGUUGUUAAACUUGCAAGGCAUGUAUUUACUGGAGAAAAGGUUGCAGCAAAGGUUAUUGAUAAAACAAGGCUAGACCCCGUUUCUACUUCACAUAUGAUGCAAGAGGUCAGAUGUAUGAAAUUAGUUCAGCACCCUAAUGUUGUACGUCUUUAUGAAGUUAUUGACACUCAAACAAAAUUAUUUUUAAUUUUGGAACUUGGCGACUAUGAUAUGUAUGAAUGGGUAAUGAGAAGAGGUUAUGAUAAAGGUGGAUGUAAAGAAUCUGAUGCUCAACUUUAUUUUUCUCAAAUAAUUCAAGCCAUUAAUUAUUGCCAUAAAUUACACGUUGUACAUAGAGAUUUGAAGCCUGAGAAUGUUGUCUUCUUUGAAAGGCUAGGAAUGGUAAAACUAACAGAUUUUGGUUUUUCAAAUUUAUUUACGCCUGGACAACAAUUACAAACAUCUUGUGGAAGUCUAGCCUAUUCUGCUCCUGAAAUUUUGCUUGGCGAUUGUUAUGAUGCUCCAGCUGUUGGUAACUUUUUUUAG